CGGUGGGACCAGGCACAUUGGUCCGCCCGCUGAGCUAGAGACCGGGGGUGGCGCGGCAGCUCUCGGGGAUUCCUGGCCCAAGAUGCGCCAGAAGCAGCGAGACAGCCCGAGCCGAAGCGCGGCGGGGCUCACGGAGGGAGGCCGAGCGGGGCCGGGCUCCUGGGAGCGCGACGGAAGCUUGUCUGUCCCAGACACCCUGGAGUCUCCUCCGGCCGGCCCGGCGGGCGCGCACCUGCCGGGAGCCCCUGACCUCGCGGGCCAGGCGGCCCCCGAGCCGGAGAACAUGGCCCAGCCCAAGUCCGACUGCCGCUCACCUGUCGGCCUCGACUGCUGCAACUGCUGCCUGGACCUGGCCCACCGGAGCGGGCUCCAGCGCGACAACGGCGGGGACAACAACAACUCGGGCAGCCCCACCGUGAGCAACUUUCGGCAGCUGCAGGAGAAGCUGGUCUUCGAGAACCUCAACACCGACAAGCUCAAUAGCAUAAUGCGGCAGGAUUCGCUAGAGCCCGUGCUGCGGGACCCCUGCUACCUGAUCAACGAGGGCAUCUGCAACCGCAACAUCGACCAGACCAUGCUUUCCAUUCUGCUCUUCUUCCACAGGGCAGGGGCUUGGCCAAGGGAGCAGAUUCCCCGCCAUGACAAAGACCAGGUGAUGGUAGUCACGCUCUUCUUCUCAGGAAGCAAGGAGUGCGCCACGCCAGGCCUUGAAGGUGCCUCCGGAGCCAGUGUGGUGGCCAUAGACAACAAGAUUGAGCAGGCCAUGGAUCUAGUGAAGAAUCAUCUGAUGUAUGCUGUGAGAGAGGAGGUGGAGAUCCUGAAGGAGCAGAUCCGGGAGCUGGUGGAGAAGAACUCCCAGCUGGAGCGGGAGAAUACUCUCUUGAAGACCCUGGCGAGCCCAGAGCAGCUGGAGAAGUUCCAGUCCCGUCUGAGCCCCGAGGAGCCAGCUCCCGAAACCCCAGAAACCCCCGAGGCCCCCGGUGGUUCUGCGGUGUAAGUGGCUCUGUCCUCAGGGUGGGCAGAGCCACUAAACUUGUUCUACCUAGUUCUUUCCAGUUUGUUUUUUGGCUCCCCAAGCGUCAUCUCACGUGGAGAACUUUACACCUAGCAUAGCUGGUGCCAAGAGAUGUCCCAAGGACAUGGCCACCUGGGUCCACUCCAGUGACAGACCCCUGACAAAGAGUAGGUCUCUAGAGGCUGAGUUGCAUGGGGCCUCAUCACCCCAAGCCAGUGAGCCUCUAAUGCUGCUGCGCCCUGUGGGCUCUCAGGGCCUGAGCAAUUUAGCUGCAACUGGCAAAGGAGAAAGGUAGUUUGAGACGGGGCGCCCGUUUGCUCCAGAAAGUCUAAGGGGUCUGUUUUUUUCAUUUCCAUGGACAUCUUCAACAGCUUCAACCUGACAACAACUGUCCUAUGAAGAAACCAAUUGUGGUUUAAGCAGAGGCAACCUCUCUCUCCUCCAUUGCCUCACCAGGACAGGGCCACAGUUGGGAGAGAUUGAGCCAAGUCAGCCUUCUGUUGGUGAAUAUGAUGUAAUGCAUGGCUUUGUGCACAGCCCAGUGUGCGAUUAUGGCUUUGGGAUGACCGCUUACAAAGUUCUGUUUGGUUAGUAUUGGCAUAGUUUUUUCUAUAUAGCCAUACAUGCAUAUAUAUACCCAUAGGGCUAGAUCUGUAUCUUAGUGUAGUGAUGUAUACAUAUACACAUACACCUAUGUGUUGAAGGGCCUAACCAGCUUUGGAAGUAUUGAGUGAUCCCUUAUCUCUUAAGGCUAAUUCUUAGAUUUGUUCAUUUACUAAGUGGAUCCAGUUUGUCCUUUAGGUUAAGUAAAACUGAAGAGUAAAGGCAGGGAGGGGGGCCAGCCUCUAAAUGCCUUGCUGCUGCAACCUUUGCCCCAUAUGUCCCCUGAAUACAUGUGAGGUCCCCUUCUGAAUGCCAAACCCACCAUUCACUGGUGCUGACUACAUAGAAUGGGGUUGAGAGAUCAGCUGGGACUUUGUCAUCUGAAAACUUUGUUUUGUUUUUAACGGUUGUAGAAAACUUUCAAGUGCAGAGAAUGAUUAGCUUGCCGGUGUCCUCUCGGACAAGGGAAUGACUCUGACCUGAUGAUGCCUGGGUGAUGUGCUCAGGGAGCUUGUCUCUAGGGAGUUCUGUGGCAGUGAACACUUCCCACUUUCUAACACCUUAUCCUGAUGUUAUGUCUCCAGGAUUUGGAUUUUGGUUUUUCAAAUGUAGCUUGAAAUUUCAAUAAACUUUGCUCUUUUUUUUUUUCUAAAAAUAAA